AUGUCUCUACAAUCAGAUCAAGAUAACAAUCGCUCGAAACUUAAGAAAGACUGGUCUAGCGUUCGUGAUAUUUGUGAAAAUACACCGACCUUUGGAACUCGAACCCUAGAAAAUAAGGAACAUGUUUGGAAUCAUAAUGCCUGGGACAACGUAGAAUGGGAUGAGGAACAGGAAAGAUAUGCGCGAGAAAAAGUUCUUAAACAAUCAAGUAAACUCAUGUCUCUUGAAGAACAGCAAAAAUAUCAUCAAGAUGCAUCGAAAUAUUGGAACACAUUUUAUCUUCAUAACGAAAACAAAUUUUUUAAAGAUCGUCAGUGGUUAAAAAUAGAAUUCCCUGAACUUCACAAUGCUACGAAGUCAAAUGUUGGUCCAAAAAAAAUAUUUGAAAUAGGAUGUGGAGCCGGAAAUACAAUGUUUCCAUUAUUAUCUGUAAAUCAAAAUCCUGAAUUAUUUAUUUAUGCCUGUGAUUUUGCUAUCAAUGCUGUUGAAGUUGUGAAGAUACCAGAAAACAUUGAACCUGGUUCACUUGAUAUUGUAGUAUUAAUAUUUGUUAUGUCAGCUAUACAUCCGCAGUGUUGGAGUCAGGCUGUAGAAAAUGUUUAUAAGAUGCUUAAACCCGGUGGAUUGGUUCUUUUUAGAGCCGUAGCACCUAACAUAUUAAUGUGGGCUUAUAUAGAUUAUGGUAGGUAUGAUAUGGUGCAGCUAAGAUUUAAAGAAGGUCGUAUGCUAUCCGAUAACUUUUAUGUCCGAGGUGACGGCACACGUGUAUAUUUCUUUACUCCAGAUGAAAUACAAACAAUAUGGGGCACAAAAUUUACAAUUGAACAGAAUGCUGUAGAUCGUAGAUUAAUUGUCAAUAGACAUCGUAGACUUCAAAUGUAUCGAAUUUGGUUACAAGGUAAGUUUAGAAAAAUUGAAGGUCCGAACCCUUUAUAA